GGAGACUGUGGGAAACUGGGAGCAAUGGCAGACAUGGACCAAAGCAGUGAAGGAUGUAUGAAAAAGAUUAGCAGUGUGAAUCUUGACAAACUUAUAAAUGACUUCUCACAGAUAGAAAAGAAAAUGAUAGAAACCAAUGGAAAGAACAAUAUACUGGAUAUUCAGUUGGAAAAGACUAACUGUCUAUUAAAAGUAAUGCAAGCAAAGGAGGUCUCAAUUAAAGAAGAAUGUGCUACUCUUCAUAAUAUAAUUAAAGGGCUACAACAGACCAUUGAAUGUCAACAGAAUUUGAAAGGUGAAAAUGAACAACUAAAAAUAAGUGCUGAUCUUAUAAAAGAGAAGUUGAAGUCUCAUGAACAGGAAUAUAAGAAUAAUAUUGUCAAACUUGUAAGUGAAAUGAAAAUCAAAGAGGAGGGAUAUAAGACAGAAAUAAGCAAACUUUAUCAGGACAUGCAGAAAAAAGUUGCAUUAAAUGAAGAAAAGCACAAAGAACUAAUAGAGAAAAAGGAGAUGGAAAUUUCAGAGUUAAAUGCAAAGCUAAGAAGUCAAGAAAAAGAAAAGCAAAAUGAAAUAAUCAAGCUACAACUAGAGUUUGAUGCCAAACUAGCAAGAGUUCAGACUAAAUCAAAAUCAUAUCCGGAUUCUACUGUUUUACCACAAAGUAUCUACAGAAGGAAACUGCAACAUUUUCAAGAAGAAAAAAACAAGGAGAUUGCAAUUCUUCGUAAUACCAUUCGCGAUUUAGAGCAACGCCUUUCUGUUGGCAAAGAUUCUCACCUUAAGCGUAGACGGUUUUGA